UGGUGCACUGAUUGCUGGGGAUGGACCACAGAGCCUGCACGGAGUCAGCCUGGGAUUACAGCAAGCAAAGUGCACUUACCUGCAUCCCACAGGUGACUGCUGCUGCCAGGGAGGGCUGAGAGAGUGGGGUAGCAGCUUAUGAUACUGCGUCUUUAAGUUGCCUGUCUGUGUGUGACUGAGAGCCCCUCCCUCUCACUGGAAAGAUCAGGCAGUCUGCAAGCAGCCCGGGGAGCGAGAGCAGCUCCUAGAGAAUGAUCUGCAAACCUGCCGCUGUCUGCUUUGUGUGCUCUGUAUGAAUAUAGCCAAGCUCUGGCUCCUCUGUACCAGGAUUGAAUGCACAGCAAGGAUAAAAAGGGGGAAAAGCGAGGAAGACAGCAGCAUCUUGUUAUCUGGCUGCAAAUAAAGGAGGAGGAGAGAUCAAAUCACUGCAUUUUGCUUGCAAAGCCUCUGAUGCCUCGCUGAGGACCGCAAUAAACAAAGAAGCAGGGGUACAAUAUAAUCAUUAGCAACAUAUUUCUAAUAAAGCAGAGAAUGGCGGAUCGCAGCCUUGACAGCGUGUCCCUUCCCCUGGAGGUGAGAGCCAGGCUGGCAGAGCUGGAGCUGGAAUUGUCUGAAGGUCAUCCAUGUAUCUCGGGUCCCUCCGCAAUGAGAUGGCAUGGCAGGACUUGGAAAACAGCUGCAUUAUGUGACAUCACACAGAAAGGAUAUGAAAAAAAGCGAUCAAAAUUAAUAGGAGCCUACCUGCCUCAACCGCCAGGGUUAGGUGAAUCUUUGCCACCAGAACGUAGAACACCUGUCACUCCUUCCUCUUCCUCCAGAUAUCACCGACGGCGCUCCUCAGGGUCACGGGAUGAAAGGUAUAGGUCAGAUGUCCACACAGAAGCAGUCCAGGCAGCUUUGGCUAAACAUAAAGAAAGAAAAAUGGCCGUACCUAUGCCAUCCAAACGCCGUUCACUAGUAGUACAAACCUCAAUGGAUGCCUACACCCCCCCAGAUACCUCUUCAGGCUCAGAAGAUGAAGGUUCAGUACAAGGUGACUCCCAGGGAACUCCCACGUCAAGUCAGGGCAGUAUAAACAUGGAACACUGGAUAAGCCAAGCAAUCCAUGGAUCUACCACUUCAACCACAUCCUCUUCUUCAACACAAAGUGGAGGCAGUGGUGCAGCACACAGAUUAGCUGACGUCUUGGCCCAGACGCACAUAGAAAACCAUUCAGCGCCCCCAGACAUUACCACUUACACCUCAGAGCACUCUAUACAAGUAGAAAGGCCGCAAGGCUCAACGUCUCGCGCCACACAAAAGUACGGGAAUGCAGAACUAAUGGAAACUGGGGAUGGAGUACCUGUGAGCAGCAGAGUGUCAGCGAAGAUACAACAGCUUGUCAACACCUUGAAAAGGCCAAAACGACCACCGUUACGGGAAUUUUUUGUGGAUGAUUUUGAGGAAUUAUUAGAAGUUCAACAGCCAGAUCCAAACCAGCCUAAGCCAGAGGGAGCACAGAUGUUAGCCAUGCGUGGGGAGCAGCUGGGAGUAGUAACUAACUGGCCCCCUUCACUUGAAGCUGCGCUACAGCGAUGGGGGACUAUAUCCCCUAAAGCACCAUGCCUUACCACUAUGGACACCAAUGGAAAACCACUCUACAUCCUGACCUAUGGAAAGCUAUGGACCAGAAGUAUGAAGGUUGCUUACAACAUACUGCAUAAACUGGGAACAAAACAAGAACCGAUGGUUAGGCCCGGAGAUAGAGUUGCCCUUGUAUUUCCCAAUAAUGACCCUGCUGCGUUUAUGGUAGCGUUCUAUGGCUGCCUCCUGGCUGAGGUUGUUCCUGUUCCCAUUGAAGUGCCACUUACAAGGAAGGAUGCUGGAAGCCAGCAGAUUGGGUUUUUGCUUGGAAGCUGUGGGGUUACUGUUGCCUUGACUAGUGAUGCCUGCCACAAAGGACUGCCAAAGAGUCCUACAGGGGAAAUACCACAAUUUAAAGGUUGGCCAAAGUUGCUUUGGUUUGUCACAGAAUCCAAACACCUUUCCAAACCUCCUCGUGAUUGGUUUCCACAUAUCAAAGAUGCAAAUAAUGACACUGCUUAUAUUGAGUAUAAAACUUGCAAAGAUGGCAGCGUGCUGGGAGUAACUGUGACAAGAAUUGCACUGCUAACACAUUGUCAAGCUCUCACGCAAGCGUGUGGUUACACGGAAGCGGAAACUAUUGUGAAUGUGCUGGAUUUCAAGAAAGAUGUGGGGCUAUGGCAUGGGAUCCUUACGAGUGUAAUGAACAUGAUGCAUGUUAUAAGUAUACCAUACUCUCUCAUGAAAGUGAAUCCCUUGUCAUGGAUACAGAAAGUUUGUCAGUAUAAAGCAAAAGUUGCUUGUGUAAAGUCAAGAGAUAUGCACUGGGCGCUAGUUGCACACCGCGAUCAAAGGGACAUCAACCUCUCCUCGCUGCGAAUGCUCAUUGUGGCUGAUGGCGCAAAUCCCUGGUCCAUUUCUUCAUGUGAUGCUUUCCUCAAUGUCUUCCAAAGUAAAGGUCUGCGGCAAGAAGUCAUUUGUCCUUGUGCCAGUUCACCAGAGGCUCUUACUGUAGCGAUACGGAGGCCAACAGAUGACAGCAACCAGCCUCCAGGACGAGGGGUUUUAUCAAUGCAAGGUCUCACAUAUGGUGUUAUAAGGGUGGACUCAGAAGAAAAGCUGUCUGUAUUAACAGUGCAAGAUGUAGGGACCGUAAUGCCUGGUGCUAUCAUGUGUACAGUAAAACCGGAUGGAAUUCCACAGUUAUGUCGAACAGAUGAAAUUGGAGAGCUCUGUGUCUGUGCGCUUGCUACGGGUACAUCAUAUUAUGGUCUGUCUGGCAUGACGAAGAACACAUUUGAGGUAUUUCCAAUGACCAGCUCAGGAGCACCAAUAAGUGAAUAUCCUUUCAUCAGGACCGGGCUUCUCGGAUUUAUUGGCCCAGCUGGCCUUGUCUUUGUUGUGGGAAAAAUGGAUGGUCUGAUGGUUGUUAGCGGAAGGAGACAUAAUGCAGAUGACAUAGUAGCAACCGCAUUGGCAGUGGAACCCAUGAAAUUUGUCUACAGAGGAAGGAUAGCUGUGUUUUCAGUGCACGUGCUGCAUGAUGAGAGGAUAGUUAUUGUUGCAGAACAGAGACCUGAUUCUACAGAAGAGGAUAGUUUCCAGUGGAUGAGCAGAGUUCUUCAGGCUAUUGACAGUAUACACCAAGUUGGAGUUUACUGUUUAGCAUUGGUACCAGCAAACACUCUUCCCAAGACCCCUUUAGGUGGUAUUCACCUAUCAGAGACCAAGCAACUGUUCCUGGAGGGAUCACUGCAUCCAUGUAAUGUGCUAAUGUGCCCACACACAUGUGUAACAAACCUGCCUAAACCAAGGCAAAAACAACCAGAAAUUGGCCCUGCCUCUGUGAUGGUGGGGAACUUGGUCUCUGGGAAGAGGAUCGCACAAGCAAGUGGACGGGAUCUGGGACAGAUAGAAGACAAUGAUCAGGCCAGAAAGUUUCUAUUCCUGUCAGAAGUUUUACAGUGGAGAGCUCAAACAACUCCUGAUCAUGUUCUUUACACAUUACUAAAUUCCAGGGGGACAAUAGCUAACUCUUUAACGUGUAGCCAGCUACAUAAGCGAGCAGAGAAGAUUGCAGUUAUGCUUAUGGAAAGGGGACAUUUGCAAGAUGGAGAUCAUGUUGCUCUAGUUUAUCCACCAGGAAUAGACCUGAUAGCAGCAUUUUAUGGUUGCUUGUAUGCGGGUUGUGUGCCAAUAACCGUCCGACCUCCACAUCCGCAGAAUAUUGCAACAACAUUACCCACAGUGAAGAUGAUAGUAGAGGUGAGUCGUUCGGCCUGUCUAAUGACUUCACAGCUCAUUUGUAAACUGCUACGUUCCAGAGAAGCAGCAGCAGCGGUGGAUGUCAGGACGUGGCCUCUGAUUCUGGACACUGAUGAUUUGCCAAAGAAAAGACCAUCCCAAAUCUACAAACCAUCGGACCCGGAAACAUUGGCUUAUCUUGAUUUUAGUGUAUCUACAACUGGAAUGCUUGCAGGUGUAAAGAUGUCCCAUACAGCCACUAGUGCCUUUUGUCGUUCUAUCAAACUUCAGUGUGAGCUGUAUCCAUCUAGAGAAGUUGCCAUCUGUUUGGAUCCUUACUGUGGACUGGGUUUUGUCCUAUGGUGCCUCUGUAGCGUGUAUUCAGGACACCAGUCUAUUCUGAUUCCUCCCUCAGAGCUGGAGAUCAAUCCUGCCUUGUGGCUUCUGGCUGUGAGUCAGUACAAAGUGAGAGACACUUUCUGUUCCUACUCGGUAAUGGAACUUUGCACCAAGGGACUUGGUUUACAAACGGAAUCUCUAAAGGCAAGGGGACUGGAUUUAUCCCGGGUACGGACGUGUGUGGUGGUAGCUGAGGAACGCCCAAGAAUAGCUCUUACCCAGUCUUUUUCAAAGCUAUUUAAAGAUUUGGGUCUCCAUCCGAGGGCUGUAAGCACAUCAUUUGGCUGCCGAGUUAAUCUAGCCAUAUGUUUGCAGGGUACAUCUGGACCAGACCCCACGACGGUGUACGUUGACAUGAGGGCAUUGCGGCAUGACAGAGUUCGAUUAGUAGAAAGAGGAUCCCCACACAGUUUGCCUCUCAUGGAAUCAGGAAAAAUCCUCCCAGGAGUUCGUAUAAUAAUUGCAAAUCCAGAAACAAAAGGACCCCUUGGAGACUCGCAUCUUGGGGAGAUUUGGGUUCAUAGCGCUCACAAUGCCAGUGGGUACUUCACAAUUUAUGGGGACGAGUCCUUGCAGUCGGAUCACUUCAAUUCCAGGCUCAGCUUUGGAGACACCCAAACCAUUUGGGCCAGGACUGGUUAUCUAGGGUUUUUGAGGCGGACAGAACUCACUGAUGCUAAUGGAGAACGGCAUGAUGCACUUUAUGUUGUUGGGGCUUUGGAUGAAGCAAUGGAGCUAAGAGGAAUGAGAUACCAUCCCAUUGAUAUUGAGACAUCAGUAAUUCGAGCCCACAAGAGUGUCACAGAAUGUGCUGUGUUCACGUGGACGAAUUUGUUAGUGGUGGUGGUUGAACUAGACGGAUCUGAGCAGGAAGCCUUGGAUCUUGUACCGCUGGUCACUAAUGUGAUCUUGGAAGAACAUUAUUUGAUCGUAGGAGUAGUAGUGGUUGUGGACAUUGGUGUCAUUCCUAUCAACUCCCGUGGAGAGAAACAGCGUAUGCACCUACGAGACGGGUUUUUGGCAGAUCAGCUAGAUCCCAUUUAUGUGGCCUACAACAUGUAGUCUUGUACUUUAAGGCUUCCAUGGACUUUACUAUAGAUGUAUAAAAUUUCUUUUUUUUUUUUUCCUUUUCUUUUUAGUGUCCACUAAAAAAAAGAGAUGUGCAAAUAAGGGGAUAACCUUGUUCAGAAUGGAACAGUUUUUGUUAUUUAAUCUACCAAUUUGUCAGAGUUGGCCAGAUAAAAUGUGAAACGCGUUUAGUUUUUACCACUACAUUUUAGCACCAAGAGACUUUUUAGGUACUGUACUGCCUCAGUUGCCAUGUUGAAUGUCAUAAUGGAUUUGCAGUGUGCUGCAGUCCCAUAUGACAGCCAACUGGUUUAAAAAUGCCAAUUUUAGAAAAUUGUUUAGUUUUUUUAUGUUGCUAGAAUGAUCCAGUUUUUUCAUAAGUAGCAAUGGGUUUUAUGAAGGAUAUUUUUUUUUAAUACAAAUUUUAAGUAAUGUUCAUUUUUAAAAUAUUUUACAAUGACAAAAUUGUUUUGUGGCUCACGUCAGAAAUUUUCCUCUAGGCUUUUUUGUAUUUAACCAUUUCUGAAGUUCUAAUAUUUUAGACAUAAGGUACGAAUGAGAAAAGAAAAAAUCAUAAAUCCCUAAGGAACCAUUUAAAAACAGCAGCAAACAACACAUUUGGAUUAUGCAGCAUCAUAUUUAUUAUGUGUUGUUGUAUAAAUCUAAUUGUACUAGGGGAUUCAGCAAUGUAUGCUCUGCAUAUCCCUAUGAUUCAUCUUUAGUUGCAAAAAGCAAUGCACUUUUUUUGCCAUUUCUGUAUUUAUCAGUUUGCAACUAAAAAUGAAAUAAGAUGCAGUCUUUAAAUGGCAGUUUAAGGACAUUAUUGAAACCCCCUUUUUUCAUGAUUGAGAUAGAGAAUACAAUUUAAAAAAACUUUCCAAUUUACUUUUAUUAUCAAAUUUGCUUUGUUUUCAUGUUAUUCUUUGUUGAAGAGAUAUCUAGCGUUCACAUGUCUAGAGCAUAGUGCUACCAUCUAGUGCUCUUGUUAACUAAUAGCAUUGUUGCAAAACUGCUAUCCUAUAGUACUGCAGACACGUGCAUAUUCCUCACCUUCCUGCUUUUCAAAAAAAGAAAACAAAGAAAAUAUGAUAAUAUAUGAUAUGUUCUAUCUGAAUCAUGAAAGAAAAUUUGGGGGGUUUAUAUCCCUUUAAGAUUGUUGCAUUGGACAGCCACUUAGGAUUGCAAUACAGGGUCAAUAAGCUUAGAUUUUUCCUAGAAUGUUAUUGUCCUAUUAUGCAAUCCCAAGAUGCUGUGAACAACAAUUAAUAAAUAAGCACAUUAAGUAGAAAAUUGCCUUUCAUCUCAGAAAGAAAGUGAUAUAUAUUAAAAAGAAAAAUAUUGAUUUGAGCCAAAUAUUUAGAAGAGAGUAUAAAUAUGGUGGACUCCGGCAAAUAUCUUUGUACUAAACUAAAAAGAUAAAAUAAGUUAACUUCUCUUCAUAUGUAAUUAUGUAUAAAACGUUUAAUUUAUUUUGAUCUCUUUAGAAGUAUAAAACAAAAACGACAUUCAAGAACAUUAAACUCUUGUAAUGUUUGCUAAUAUAAAAAAAAAAGUGUUGUAUUAUCUUGAGUGGAUAGUAUCACAUCAAAUAUAUAUAUGAAAUAUAAAUUCACUAAUGGGUGAAGGGGAAGGGAAAUAUUUUAACGUUUAAGAUGCAGUACUUGUCACUUGCAUGGUGUCGCCCACUGUAUAUAACUUGAGUGUUAUUCACAAACUUUGUUUGAAAAGUGCAAUCUAGGAUUGCCUGUUUUCCCUUUAAAAAGAUUCUUCUAGAUACCAGCAAGUGGAUUUAAUACCAUCAUUUAGAUGGUAUUAAAACGUACAAAAACGUAUGGCUGAAAUGCACUAUCAUUUUUAUUUUCCUUGAUAAGCAACAAUACCGUUUUAUAUUGUAUGCUCUACCAAGAGUAUACGUUACACUACUUCGUUGACAGUGGCUACUGAGGAAUUCAUUCUACUAGAAUUUGGAAGUGUCUGUUCAACAUUCCUCAUAAAAAAGCACUUCAUUAAAGGGAUACCUGAAGGGAUUAUAGAAAAUAUGGCAUAUUGCUGUAGUGACUCUAAUUUUGAGUUUUUAAAUUCCAUAUGAAACUCUCUCCCUUUCUCAAUAGGUCUCUUUUCUCUAAAGCCAGUGAGUUGUGCAGGUGGCAGCAUCCUUUUGAAGGUGGAUAAAUACAGAAAUUUUAUUUGAAAUAUGCCCUAAGCAUGGAUAUUUUACCUAUUACCAUUUACUUUUCAAUAUUAUCAUAUUGUUUCCAUAAGGAUAAGGGUCAACCUAUUUUUGGGAUGCUGUGAAUUUUUUUGUAUUAUAAUCUUAAAAUGCAAAAGAGGCAGAAGCUUGCUGAUCUUUGUUCUUUUAGAGUUGAGUCAUGGACCUGUAAUUUUAAGUGGACCUUCGGAUAAAACCAUCUAGCGUAUCAUAAACUCAUUGGGUAUUUGGUUGUACCAUCUAAAGUAAAAACUUUGCUCUUCUUAUGUAUUCUAUAUUAAGGGAACAUGCUGCUUAUGAGGUUAGAAGGGUAAAUUAAGGUAGAAACAAAGUUAUUGUCUGUAGACAAGUAGAAAUUUGGUGUAUGAAUAUGUAACAAAAAGCAGAUAUCAUAAAGAAAUAGACAUAUUCAUGAACAUCUCUGUUACAGCAAAGUGCAUUAGCACAAAACCAGAAACACAAAAAUACCACACUUUGCUAUCCAGUAUAUUUUUUAAUCAAAAUUUUAUUUUUUUAUGUUGUUUUUAUUGAUGAUUUAUUUUAUUUUGUUUUGUUACUGUGAGAGUGACCUUGGUAUUUUUGUGUUUUUUGCACCGUGCAGUUGUACAUUGCACACCUUUCUUAUGCAAUCAUAAACCAGUCAACGGUUGUUUUUUUAUGUUAAACUGAUCUACAUUUGGUUCUAGUUUGCUCUCAUGCUGUUGGUUUAUUUGCAUUGUUUUUUUACGUUUUUGGAAUGCUGGACACAUUCAGUAUAAUGCUGGUUAAAUCAUUCUUGAUUUUAUAUAACACAGUUUAAUUAAUGUCACAACCAGAGUUCAGUUAAAUAAAUUUGACCAUGUCCAGAACACACACUACUACAUUGUGAUUAAACGUUUUCUAAUUUGCUACACGUUGCAUUACUGACUCUUUUCAUGUAUUUAUUUUUUUAAUAAAUGCAGAUUUGUCAGUAACAUAAAUGCACCAGCUUUGCUGACCUCUUUCAGAAGUAUCUGCUGAUGACAGUUACAGAGACAAUUUUAGGUAUGCACUGUACCUUAUUGCCAUUCAUGAUUCAUACAAAUAUUGGGUUAAGAAAAUACUACACAACACUUAUAUUUGGUAAUUAUUUAAAAAAAACUGCCAGGCAGUAUUUAAACUGUACUAGAAGUGGUUGCAAGUAAGAGGUGUUGGGAUCCAUGCAGCUAUAUCAAAAAGAGUAGACUUUGCUACAAUGUCUUCUUUUUAUCUGACAAUAGCUUUUCCAUUUUUGGCAAGGGUAGCUUCAUCAAAAUAUACAUAAUCCAGGGACCACAUUGUAAUGGAUAAAAACAAUAACUUGUUUUUCAGUCAAUUUUGAUUCAUAUGGAUCUGAAUAUUACUCAACCAUAGAAGUACGGUGUAUGAAUCUUCAUACUAGAAAUACGUAGAAUGUUUGGCAUGGACCUACCUAUGAUCAAGUUUACAUGAUAUCCUCUGGUGAUCUAUCAGCAAUAGAGAUAUCACCUGCAUACUUAAUGUCUAUUACAUUUGUUCAGUAUUUGUACCUUUACAUCUGUUCAUGCGAAUACUGUGUGUAUCUGUUUAAACUUAAACGUUUAACCCUUCAAUGAAACCCAUAGUUCAGAUCAUCAUAAAUCUGUUUGAGAGUUGAAAAGCAAAGUAAAUUGUUCCAUAACGGAAGGGAAUUCUCAUUGUUAUUUACAUUAAAAAUAUUUAAAAUUGAGUUAAUGUAAAAUGCUAAAUAUUUAUUAAAUUAUGUUUUUACAA